CUGUGUAUGAAAGUCCGUCCGAUCUCGCAGCUCCAUACGUAAACUCCCAUCACAUCCUAAAACUGAACUUGACUCUUCUUUCUACCUCUUCCGACACCAAAACCUCACAAAGUUGAUGCAAGAGUGAUCCUGAGCCUUACCCGAGGUCCCGAAACUUAUCUCGAACAUAGCUGCACGGCUGAAACUGGAACGCCUCAGGAACCCGACAUCGCAAAUCACAGAACGAAGGAAACACAGGUAGUGUGCCUGCAUAUCCUAGACUUACGUCAAGGAACCUGGACGAUUCUUGGAGGUCAACGCCUGUUCGCUGGAGAACACUCCUCGGCUCAUUGCAAGCUGCGGCGAUCGAUACCCUAUUAAGACGGAUUUAGGAUCAAGCAACUCAAGAUGCCAGAAUUCUUCGAUCUUCCCCGUGAAUUGCGGGAUAUGAUAUACUUGGACGUACUCAUAGGCCAAAGGGCAACACCGACAUUAGAAGACACCCAAUCAGCUUCUAGGUGGAAUCGUCCCUGGGAGCCUAAGAGCGGUCUCGGGGAUCAUGGAUGUGCAUUCUCUUCCAAGAGAGCACCAAACACUUGUGCAAAUUUCCUCGCAUGCAACCAACAGGUCAACACGGAGAUGAUGCAGAUCAUUGAAAGAGUCAGGAGGAAGGGAAUGCUCGCUGCGAGGAUGGACUGCAUCGCCCAAGAUGACAUGCACUACUUCACAUGGCUGAGCAUACCCCUCGUAAAGACAGGGAAAUGUACACACAAGGCCGACCCGAAGAGCGGCGUAGUACCUACCUGGGCAGUGAGAUAUCUCACUGCACCCCACCGAGCACUGGGCACUACUAGAAGACAUCACACAUGCCACCACAGCUCAUCCACCACCAUUGAGCAGCUCUGCAUCGACAUCCGGUUCUUCCCCAACACCUCGGCGACGGGCAAACGGCGCCUCGAGACCCCCCGUGACCUCACAUCCUGGGCCAUCUGCGCAGCGCUCAAGCACGUCUUCGAGCACGACCCGGAUAUAAUCCCCACGCGAGACUGCCAGAAAGACGUCACAAUCGAUGAAGUUGUACUCAACGUCGUCCCUCCCUUGUCCCCUUCUUCUCCACCGCCCAAGACUACCACGCACUACCUCGUCUCGCCGAGCACUAACGCGGUGGUGGAAGUGGAAAAGGAGAAUAGCCACCACCCGGAGGCCGUGGCGAAGGAACUUGUCGAUGUGUGGAAUAAACUCUGGUCUGGCGAUGAGUUCAAAGCGCGGUAUUAUCGUAGCUUGCUCGGCAAGAUCCAGAGGGUCAGGGUUUGUGUUGAUGGGGUUACGUUUCGCGUCAGGGAGUUGGGUGUUGAGUUGGAGAGGGGGCGGGCGGAGAGCAGGAGGAUUGAGAUGAGGAUGAGGUAGAGAUGGGGGAUAAAUUGGGAGCUUUGUUCAUGUGCUGUUAAAUGAUCGUGGGGUUUUCUUGCGUCUUUGGGUGGUGUUUUGAGCGGAGUGAUUAUUUCUAGGGUAUACCAUUCGUAAUUUCAUGCUUUCUUCUGGAACUAAAAAUUGUAAAUUGGUACUGGGAUUUGGCGGGAUCGCUUCAAGCACAACCUUGACAAUGGUCAUAGAACGGUACCUUAACAUAUUCGCAAUAGCCCAAGAAGUACUACUGGGACGUUUGGCGCUUUGUCCCUGGGGCG